UCUGCUGAUCACCGAGGAUGAAGACACAGGACAGUGCAGACCUCUGCUAUCCACAGAUUCACAAUUACUCCUGCAAAAAGCCUUCAUCUAUUUGGACUGAUGUUGUUCUUGUUCAGAUCACACUAUCUUUAAUCUCUCUGAUCACCGUGGCUCUCAACCUACUUGUCAUCAUCUCAGUCUCCCUCUUCAGGCAGCUUCACACACCCACUAACUUCCUCCUUCUCUCUCUGGCUGUGUCAGAUUUGCUCGUGGGGUUCUUAUCGAUGCCAGGCGAAAUCUACCGACACACAACCUGCUGGUUUCUUGGUGAUACUAUUUGUUUUUUAUAUAACUACUUGUGUGUUGUCACCACCUCCGCCUCAGUAGGAGAUAUGGUGCUCAUAUCAAUUGAUCGUUAUAUGGCUAUUUGUGACCCUCUGCAUUACCAAACUAGAGUCACAGAGAGAAGAGUUAAAGUCUGUGUCUGUCUGUGUUGGCUCUGUUCAGUUGUCUACAGCAUUGUAUUUAUAAAAGAUGAUCUGAUUAAGACAGGAUGGAAUAACUCCUGCUAUGGAGAGUGCGUAACUGUUGUUGACGUAAUUACAGCAACAUUUGAUCUUGUUAUAAUCUUUAUUGCUCCAGUUACCAUCAUCAUAGUCCUGUACGUGAGGGUAUUUGUGGUGGCCAUGUCUCAGGCUCGUGCCAUGCGCUCCCAGGUCACAGCCAUCAAAAUGCAGCUUUCGGUUACAACAACAGCAAACAAAUCUGAGCUGAAAGCAGCCAGGACUCUUGGUGUUCUUGUACUGGUAUUCCUGUUAUGUUUCUGUCCAUAUUACUGCCUCUCUCUUGCAGCAGAAGACUCAUUCAGCAGCUCCACUAUGUUUACUUUGUAUUAUCUGUUCUAUUUUAACUCAUCUUUAAACCCAAUGAUUUAUGCCCUGUUCUACCCUUGGUUCAGAAAAACUGUAAAACUCAUUGUCACUCUAAAGAUACUAAAGCCAGGCUCAUUUGAGGCCCAAAUAUUGUGAAUAAAUAUUAGAACUUGAUUGACUUUAUUGAAUCAGGGUUUCAUCUGACAUCACUGUAGACAGGUUGCAUUACUAAAAUCCUUGUACCAAAAAAAGUUUUUGAUUAUUUGUAUGGGUGCAUGAUUGUAAACAUCUGUCUGUGUGAGUGAGUGAGUGAGUGAGUGAGUGAGUGAGUGAGUGAGUGAGUGAGUGUAUGUAUCUAUGUAUUUAUGAAUAAUAAAAAGGAUGGUCUGAGUAUAUCUGAUGGAUAAACAAUUAUAA